AGAGCUUCUCACCAUGCUGUAGAGCAUCCAUGACUCUAAUCUAGUUCAUAAAGGAUCCUGAUAGGAACUGGGAGAGAUAAAUGUGUUUUAUAUUCCCAAAGAUUUAACUCAGUGUGUUAUUUUGGAUUAUGCAUAUCAGUGUUUUCCACAGCACUGAAUCUGGAUGGAGGAUCUAACCAGCCCAGAACUGCAGCAAGUCAGCUGGUUUUAUCCAUUUACCCCAUAUGGCUUUUUCCUCCCUUUUUCUCUUCUAUUUGUUUGAAUUUCGAAGAUGAGCAAGAGGCAGUCGGUCAGCUGCACAGUGAGCACAGGGGAGCAGGAGGACACACAGAACAGUACAGGCAUUUUGAAAUAGAACUAUAAAAGGAGGAGAGGAAGAGGAGGAGGAAGAGGAGAGUCUGUGUUGUGCGGCAGAGUUGUGGUGUUCCCUGCUAAGUGCCUAUCAGUAACAUGGCUGUGAUACAGAAGAGGGAACACAGGGAGACCCCCAGCAAGAAGACAGCACCCCAAGAAGACAGAAAGGGUCUUUCUACCAGAGAUACUCUAGACAAGCAGAAAAAGGAGACCAGAGCCGGGAGACGGAGAGAAAAAGGCAAUGAAGACACAAAGUCCAAUAAUUCAGAGAAGAGGAGAGCAGUCAUCUGUGUCCCUGCCUCCAUCAAAUCAGCUGUGAUCAGUAACAACACAACCAGUCACGCAGCAGGGCCACUGGCGCUGAAGGUUGAUGACAGGCUGAGACUAGCGAAGGAGCGGAGGGAGGAGCAUGAGAAUCAGCUUGUGUCCAGAGAGCUGGGCUGGUUGGCUCGAGAGGAGCGGGCCAGGCGUCUUUAUGAGCAGCAGCUGGAGGUGAGGAAGAGGAGGCUACAGGAGCAGAGAGAGAAGGAGGAGAAGCGAAGGACAGCUCUUGAGCGGAGGGAGGAGCUUAAGAAACAGCUUGUGUCCAGAGAGCUGGGCCGGUUGGCUCGAGAGGAGCGGGCCAGGCGUCUCCAUGAACAGCACCUAGAGGAGAGGAAGAGGAGGCUGCAGGAGCAGAGAGAGAAGGAGGAGAGGAGGCGUACUGCCGUGGAGGAGAAGAGGAGGCAGAGGAUGAAGGAGGAGACAGAGCGCUAUGAGUCUGUGGUGAAGAAGACCUUAGAGAAGUGCCAGAGGGCCAAACAGAGACUGAGCCAGGGCUCCCGAGGAAGGAAGACCAACAACAAGAGCGUUCCUCGCAGCUCUCCCCUGACUGCCUGGGAGAGGGCUCUGGUCUGUCGCCUCCUAACCCCUACAUGCUCCUACCUAGCCAGGAGAAGGAGUCAUAGUUGUCAGUCAAGAGAGGAGGAAGUUGUCCAUGUUUGUCCCCGUUCAGCUUCAUGCCACUCCAUACCUGCCACUGCCACCAACUGUCAUAAAUCACCACACCGCUCUGGUACACCUGACCACCACCGGGUGCGGGCAGGCCUCCAGGCAGACUACCGCUCUGGCACACCUGACCACCACCGGGUGCGGGCAGGCCUCCAGGCAGACUACCGCUCUGGCACACCUGACCACCACCGGGUGCGGGCAGGCCUCCAGGCAGACUACCGCUCUGGCACACCUGACCACCACCGGGUGCGGGCAGGCCUCCAAGCAGACUACCGCUCUGGCACACCUGACCACCACCGGGUGCGGGCAGGCCUCCAGGCAGACUACCGCUCUGGCACACCUGACCACCACCGGGUGCGGGCAGGCCUCCAGGCAGACUACCGCUCUGGCACACCUGACCACCACCGGGUGCGGGCAGGCCUCCAGGCAGACUACCGCUCUGGCACACCUGACCACCACCAGGCACAAUCAGACCUCCAGGCAGACUACCGGUCUAUCAUCUGGGCAAACUACCAGUUAAAAGCAGCACAGCAGAAGGAGAGUGAGAGGACGUUCAGGAGGAAUAGACAGCAGCCUCACAUACCCAAUGCUCCUGUGAAAGUGUUACCCACAAACAUACAGAGCAGAGAUGCAGUGCCCUCUCCAGAACGUAAACCUGUGAUCAGACACAAACCUGUGAUCAGACAGCCUCCAUCACAGCAGGUUGGGCUGGAACUGUACCCUGUUCCGGAGGAGGAUGGUCCUCCAGUCUCCAACCAAACCCUCUCCCCUGGGAACUCACGGCCCAGCCAGACCAUCUCUCCUUGGGCUCCAGUCUCCAACCAAACCCUCUCCCCUGGGAACUCACGGCCCAGCCAGACCAUCUCUCCUUGGGCUCCAGUCUCCAACCAAACCCUCUCCCCUGGGAACUCACGGCCCAGCCAGACCAUCUCUCCUUGGGCUCCAGUCUCCAAUCAUACCCUCUCCCCUGGGAACUCACGGCCCAGCCAGACCAUCUCUCCUUGGGCUCCAGUCUCCAACCAAACCCUCUCCCCUGGGAACUCACGGCCCAGCCAGACCAUCUCUCCUUGGGCUCCAGUCUCCAACCAAACCCUCUCCCCUGGGAACUCACGGCCCAGCCAGACCAUCUCUCCUUGGGCUCCAGUCUCCAACCAAACCCUCUCCCCUGGGAACUCACGGCCCAGCCAGACCAUCUCUCCUUGGGCUCCAGUCUCCAACCAAACCCUCUCCCCUGGGAACUCACGGCCCAGCCAGACCAUCUCUCCUUGGGCUCCAGUCUCCAACCAAACCCUCUCCCCUGGGAACUCACGGCCCAGCCAGACCAUCUCUCCUUGGGCUCCAGUCUCCAAUCACACCCUCUCCCCUGGGAACUCACGGCCUAGCCAGACCAUCUCUCCUUGGGCUCCAGUCUCCAAUCACACCCUCUCCCCUGGGAACUCACGGCCUAGCCAGACCAUCUCUCCUUGGGCUCCAGUCCCCAAUCGUACCCUCUCCCCCGGGAACUCACAACCAAUCAGCAUCUCAGCAGCAGCAUGGGACCAGGUCCAGCCAUUCGUAGGCUCAGCAGAACCUCAGACAGUCCCCACAACUAGAACUGAGGGCGAUACAGGCCCCCUUCCUGGAGCCCCCUCCUGCACCGGGCCGUCUGCUGGCACCAUGGAUCCAGAGGAGGCCUCAUGUUUUCUGGCUGAGAAGAGAAGAGAGGCCCGUCUGAAGAGAGAGAAGGAGGAAUGCCUGCGCAGGGAGGAGAUAGAGAGAGAGGAGCUGGAGCGCAGGAGGGCAGAGGAGCGAGCACUGCUCGAGGCUGAGGCCCAGUGGCUGGUAGUGGAGAGGAGGGAGGAAGAGGAGCAGAAACAUGCAGAGGAGGAGAGAGCCAUCCGGGCCACACAGGAAACUGCUCUCCUCCAGAAACAGAGAGAGGAGGAGGAGGCCCAGGCCAGGGACAAGGCAGAGCAGCAGAGGCUGCAGAGAGAGAAGCACUUCCAGAAGGAGGAGGAACAACGGCAGGAGAGGAAAAAGCGACUGGAGUUGAUCAUGAGGAGGACUAGGAAGACCUCAACUGAAGAUAAAAAAACGCCUGUCCUGAAUGGGAAGACAAACAGAAACCCCUCUCCAGAGGAAGCCCAACCAAAAAAGAACACUGAGCCUGUGAAGAAUGGCAACGGCACUUUAGAAGAGGUCAUCAACCUAGCGGUCGGGACGGGGACCAAGCCAUCCAAUCUAGGUCUGAGUGGCGUGGAAGACAACAUGGUUCCUGUCGUGGCCUUCAAAGAACGCAGGUCCCUGCUAACUCUGACCGGCAUGGAGGAGAUUCAGUCCCAUCAGAGGGCAGAAGUUAUCUGAGUAUCGUACAGAUCAGAGAGGGGAGGCAGCACAUCCACGAAUCUUUCCACAGCUGUGGCGUUUUUUCCUUCUUUUUUUGACAAAGAAAGGAAUAACUGCAGCCUUUUUCCUGCCCUGCACUUUUAGAGAGAGUAUGUGAUGAGAAACAAACAUUUCUCUGAAGGACUUUCUGAUCUCGAAGGAGCUUACCACCAUUUGGUCACACUUCUCUUUAAUUCAAAAUGUCACGAGCUGCAUUUGUCAUCACCAUGUACAACACUAGACAGGGGAGCUUGUUUGUCAUUGCAACAACUCUGAACAAUGUUUUAUCUAGUCUGUAAAUGAGGGUCCGUGCCUCAUAGCUGCAGAUUUAAACGGAUUAAAUUAGUAGUUUGAUAUGAUGGGCGUUAAGAUACACAAUUUACUAAUAAAAAUAUGUAUUCUGUCUAUACAUUUUUAACUGUAUUGGCACUGAAUGUCUCCCAAUCAUGUCUGAUGUUUUUAGCCAUGUGCUUUAGCUUUUCCUAACUAUGCUGCUAUUUGAGCACUUUGCCUUCCCGUUAACAGGAUAGUGGUGUGCUAGUUUCAGAGCAAAAGCUUUUGUUUUGAGUUCAAAUAAAGGCCACUUUCUGACUAUAAUCUAAUAAUAUUUUUCAAAGCUGCUAUGGAACUUGUGUAGUUUGUCAUUUUAGAGAACUUUACUCACUUGAGGGUGGACCACUUCCAAAGGAUUUUGGCAGUUCCUUACUUGGAAAUUGUGCUAUCAUUUUAGAAAACAAAUAAGAGUCUGAAGUGUAAAAGUCUGUCUUUUAAAGUGUAAAGACAAAUAAAGCAAUGCACUGAUAAAACUA